AUGUCCACCUCUUCUCUUGGAAGCGCCACCAACAUCAAUUCACCACCACGUCCUCCCUUGAAGGAGAGGAAGUUGUCGUCAUCUUCUUCGGUGGAGGAGGCUCCAAGUGAUCCUCGUCGCCGGUUCUCUGUCCUAGGGGAGAACCCUAAGACCACCACCACCUACGCCGCCUUUCAAUAUCCACCUGAUGUAAAAACCACCUGCAUCAAACUCCAAGGGGAAUUUCAGUACUGCUGCGACUUACCCGAAGAAAUCGUGCGUGAAAUCCUGUUGAGGUCGUCCGUCAAAUCUUUAGUUAAAUGCUGCGCCGUAAGCAAGUCAUGGAGAUAUAUGAUCCAAAGCUCAUCCUUCAUUGCCGCCCAUCUCCGCCGCAGCCAAAGUCCAAAUACCGACGACAAUGAUAUUGGUCGUCUCCAUCUAUUAUGGUCCUUUAAUGAUUAUUUGUUGUAUUCGGAUAAGCCUGCUUCUGCUUCUGCUUCUUCCUUCAGCAUUGAUGCUACCAACACCAAGAAAAUAACUCCCGUGACUCACCAACCGGCUUACAAAGGAGGAAGAAGCAAAGUGACUCCUUCAAGUUACGGUCUGGUUGGGACUUCCAACGGCCUCAUAUGCUUUGCUAAUGACAUCCCCAAAUUCCCCAUAAUAAUUUGGAACCCUUCGGUUAGAAAGUUUGUGACUUUGCCCCCUCCUUCCACGUAUAAACGGGUUAAACCUACUUAUGCGUUUGGCUACGAUUCGAGCACCAAUGACUACAAGGUUCUAACAAUUCUUAGGAAUGAUCGUGGUCGUUCUAGUGGUCCUGCCAGGGACACCCCAAUCGAAGUCAAGGUUUACUCCUUAGCCAGGGGCUCCUGGAAGACUCUCAGUCCUCCUCCACCAGCUUCUCCUGCUGUUUCUCUUCAACGUUUGCAUCAUAAGACUGUUUUCGUCCAUGGUGCCGUGCAUUGGAUCCUACGCCGUGACCGAGACUGCAACAAUGAUGUCAUUGCGUCGUUUGAUAUGGCCACUGAAUCGUUCAGCGAGAUUGAGUUGCCGAAAUCAUUGACGAGAAAAAGGUUGCUCCGUGGUGCCUCUCAUUUUGUUCUUUCGGCACACGAGAAUUCCCUCGCCUUGGUUCAGUUUCCUUGGCAUUACUCGAGAUUAGGAGAAAAUACUUGCCACCUCAGUUUAUGGGUGAUGCAACAGUAUGGUGUGGUGGAAUCGUGGACUAAAUCAUCCCGCGUGGUGCUGUCCAAGGGCCCUGAAUCACUCUCUUUAAUCUUCCAUGUUGCUUAUGUUGGUUCUAAAGGCAAUGGAGAAAAAGUCUUCCGCAUGAGUAGUAAGAAUAGUAUAAGACUGGUAACGGUGGAUUUUAAGACCAAACAAGUUAAAUAUUCUGGAGAAGGAGAGGGAAAAUACGAAUCCAUGCAUGCUUUUGUAGAAAGUCUUGUCUUACUGGACCAAUUUAAUGCUUAUUCUUACUAA